AUUUUUUAGUAUCAUACUGUUCAUUUAAUCUAAUUUCACCCUUUACUGUUGUAAAUUUGAGAUGUGAUUAAUUGGGUCCAGACUUCAUUGAUUAAAGAACAUAAAAUUUCAUUUCAAAAUUCAUCUGGGUAAUGUGGGUUUUGCGGUGAAAAAGGCUAAUUCCUGUUAAUUUAUCUCGUUGGGUGGCUUUUUUGUUGUUGUAGUUAGUGAUUUGCACGCCUGUCCUUAAUCAUUCCCUCCAUAUUCUCUCUCUGAAUUUGUUAUUCAUAUUAUUUAUUCUUCUUCUUCUCCUUCUUCCGCCUCCAUUUUCUCUCCGUGUCUUUGCCUUCUUCCUCUCUCGUACGUUCUCUCUACUGGGUUGUGAAGAUUGUACAAAUUCCAUAAGCUUCUACAAGCUGGGAUUGGAUCUGGGUGCUUGUUCUUUUUCCUGUUAUUCAUUUCCCUGACGUUUUAUUCAACCAGUGGCAGGUAACCACAGAGUUGCCAAUAUAACAUGGCUGUCUCCAUGAGAGAUUUGGACCAAGCUUUUCAGGGUGCAGGCCAGAAAGCUGGACUUGAAGUAUGGCGCAUCGAGAAUUUCCGCCCUGUUCUUGUACCAAAAUCAUCUCACGGCAAAUUUUUCAUGGGAGAUUCAUACAUAGUCCUCAAGACCUCAUCCUUAAAAAGUGGUGCUUUGCGGCAUGAUAUUCAUUAUUGGCUUGGUAAGGAUACCACUCAGGAUGAAGCUGGUACUGCAGCCAUCAAAACAGUUGAAUUGGAUGCAGCCCUUGGAGGACGUGCUGUUCAGUACCGUGAAGUGCAAGGCCAUGAGACAGAGAAGUUCUUAUCAUAUUUCAAACCGUGCAUUAUACCACAAGAAGGUGGAGUUUCCUCUGGGUUCAAACAUGCAGAGGCUGAAGAACACAAGACUACGUUGUAUGUUUGCAAAGGAAAACGUGUUGUUCAUGUUAAAGAGGUUCCUUUUGCUCGAUCUUCACUUAACCAUGAUGAUAUUUUCAUUCUUGAUACCAAGUCUAAAAUAUUCCAAUUUAAUGGUUCCAACUCAUCCAUUCAAGAGAGAGCGAAAGCAUUGGAAGUAGUUCAAUACAUUAAAGAUACAUAUCAUGAUGGAAAAUGUGAGGUAGCCGCCAUUGAGGACGGCAAAUUGAUGGCAGAUGUUGAAACUGGGGAAUUUUGGGGUUUAUUUGGUGGUUUUGCUCCACUUCCAAGAAAAGUGGUCAGUGAAGGUGAUAAAACGGUUGAUUCACAUCCAACUAAACUACUGUGUGUUGAGAAGGGCAAUAGAGAACCUGUUGAGGCUGAUUCUAUAACUAGGGAGCUGUUAGAGACAAAUAAAUGCUACAUUCUGGAUUGCGGGACAGAAGUUUUUAUAUGGAUGGGAAGACAUACUUCUCUUGAUGGAAGAAAAAAUGCCAGCAGAGCUGCAGAAGAGUUAGUUAGUGAUCCUGAUCGUCUACAAUCACAUAUAAUGCGUGUGAUUGAAGGCUUUGAACCUAUUAUCUUCCGAGCCAAGUUUGAUUCAUGGCCUGAAACAGCUGCUGUAUCUGUGUCAGAGGAUGGUAGAGGCAAGGUUGCAGCACUUUUGAAACGUCAAGGAAUUAAUGUGAAGGGUCUUUUGAAAGCUGAUCCCGUAAAAGAGGAACCUCAACCUUACAUCGAUUGUACAGGAAAUCUACAAGUCUGGCGUGUCAGUGGCCAGGAAAAGCUUCUUCUUCCUGUCUCUGAUCAAUCAAAAUUUUACACUGGAGAUUGCUAUAUUUUUCAAUAUUCAUACUCGGGAGAAGACAAGGAAGAAUAUCUCGUUGGAACGUGGUUUGGCAAACAAAGUGUUGAGGGAGAAAGAGCCUCUGCGUUAUCGCUGGCCAGCAAGAUGGUGGAAUCACUGAAGUUCCUGCCUGUCCAGGCUCGAAUUUAUGAAGGAUAUGAACCAAUCCAGUUCUAUUCAAUUUUCCAGAGCUUUAUUGUUUUUAAGGGUGGGUUGAGUGAUGGAUACAAGAAUUACAUCACAGAAAAUGAAAUUCCAGACGUGACAAAUUCAGAAGAUGGAGUUGCAUUGUUUCGAGUCCAGGGCUCCGGCCCUGAGAAUAUGCAAGCAAUUCAAGUUGAAGCAGUGGGAUCCUCUUUGAAUUCCUCUUAUUCUUACAUUUUACAUAGUGGCUCUACUGUUUUUACUUGGUGCGGAAGUCUUACCAAUGCAGAUGACCAGGAACUUGUUGAAAGAUUUUUAGAUGUGAUAAAGCCAAACUGUCAAUCCAAGCAGCACAAGGAAGGCGCAGAGUCUGAACAAUUUUGGGAUCUGUUGGGAGGAAAAUUGGAAUAUCCUAGUCAGAAAAUUGCACGGAAUAGUGAGAGUGAUCCACACUUGUUUUCUUGCACUUUUGCAAAAGAAAAUUUGAAGGUUGCUGAAAUAUACAACUUUGGCCAAGAUGAUCUGAUGACAGAAGAUAUCGACAUUCUUAGUUGUCACUCUGAGAUCUUUGUUUGGGUUGGUCAACAGCUUGACCCCAAGACUAAAGUGCAUGCUUUAAAAAUUGGUGAGAAAUUUCUUGAGAUCGAUUUUUUUCUUGAAAAAUUGCCACGCGAAACUCCGAUAUAUAUCGUCAUGGAAGGAAGUGAACCACCUUUCUUCACACGUUUCUUCUCAUGGGAUUCUGCAAAAUCUGCAAUGCACGGAAAUUCAUUUCAGAGAAAGCUUGCAUUAGUCCGAAAUGGCGGUACUCCUACUGUAGAUAAACCGAAGCGGAGAGCUCCUGUAAUGUAUGGAGGAAGGUCCAGUAGUGUGCCAGAAAAAUCACAGCGCUCAAGGAGUGUGUCGUUUAGUCCCGAUCGAGUCCGUGUGAGAGGAAGGUCGCCGGCUUUCAAUGCAUUAGCUGCAAACUUCGAGAACCCAAAUGCUAGAAAUCUUUCUACUCCUCCUCCAAUGGUUAGAAGAUUAUACCCAAAAUCUGUCGCUCCUGAUUCAUCAAGGCUGGCUUCUAAAAAUGCAGCCAUAGCAGCACUUAGUGCAAGUUUUGAACAGCCACCGCCCGCCCGAGAAGCUAUUAUACCUCGCUCUUUGAGAGGGAGCCUAGGUGCCUUGAAGCCGAAACCAGAGUCGGACAAUAAGGAGAACUCCAUGAGCAACAGAAUAGAAUCUCUUACCAUACAGGAAGAUGUGAAAGAGGGUGAAAUUGAAGAUGAGGAAGGUCUCACAAUACAUCCAUACGAAUCCCUUACAACAAAUUCAAGUAAUCCAGUAUCAGACAUUGAUGUGACGAAGCGAGAGACAUACCUGUCGUCGGCGGAGUUCAGGGAGAAAUUUGGAAUGACAAAGGAUGCUUUCUACAAGCUACCCAAAUGGAAGCAGAACAAACUUAAAAUGGCCUUGCAUCUGUUCUAGAUCUCCCUGCUAACAAUGCCUUUGAUUGCUCGUCGUCGAGUUUUGGUUGCCAGAUGUUCAACUCAGAGUUCUUAAUGGAGAGCCGGUCGGUGCAUUUUAAGCUGUUUCUGCUCCCAAACAUACUCAGAGGUGUUCUUAAUUGGUUCUAAUGCUUUUCACUAGCAGUUGAGUUAGUUGUGCGAUAUAUUCUUUGAAAAUUGGUUUGAUGUGAGCAAUUUUGGUUUUUGUUAUCUAAUUCUUUUCUUGUUCAUUGGGUUUUGUUUUUUUUUUUAAUUGAAAAAAAAAGGAGAGGAGAAAAAAACAGAGAGAUAGCAGUUUACUUUUAGUUGUAUUGAUUGAUGAUCGAGGAUGGAACCAUGUACAGCAUUGUAAAAAUUAGUCCUCUCAUUUUUGUUCAUUUUUAAAAUAAAAAGUGUGAUUUUUAAAUA